UGUGGAGUCUAACACAGAUAAAUUACUGUUGAAUAAUACGGAAUGUCAUGAAACUAAUUUACAUGAUGUAACUGCAAGCAAUUACAAAGAAAAUAAUAUUUCUAAUGACAUUCAUUAUAGCAAAACUGAUAUGAAAUACACUGAGAGCGGCACACUUCUGUCUAACCGUAAAUCCAAAAAUCAAUUUUAUAAAGAUGCCAAAUCUAAAGUUCAAUACAUUCCUUCUGCUGUUUAUGACAAUACAGUCAACAAAAGAGGAGUAUUGAAAAAAAAUACUGCAGACUGCAAAAUCAAUUCAUCAGAUAAUAUAAACAAUAACAGAUCUUAUGAUACUAAUCAAAAAAAGGCCGUUCGGUUUAAUGAAUAUGCCGUCGUUAAAGAGUUUAACGGUAAUUUGAGCUUGACAAGACAAGUAAAAAAUUAUCAAUGGCAUCGAGAAUUCAAACGUUGGACAAAAUAUUAAAUUUAUGUAAAUUAUAUUUUCAUUUUCAUUUGUUAAUUAUUGUUUAAAAAGUUUUUGUUUUAUUUUAUUUAGUUUGUUAAGUUUUGUUCUAAUAAAAAUUACUUAUGUUAUAAAAAAUGCAUUUAGAAGUGUUUUAUAAAAAAAAUUUGGUAGUUCCGACAUGUUAACAACGUGAACGUUAAUAUUUGUGAUGAGAUUUA